AUGGGCAAGUGCGGCCAGACGAUGAACGCCAAGCGCAAGCACAAGAACAAGCAGCGCAAGGAGAACAGCCGCGCGCUGAAGCUCCGCAAGAACGGCGUGCUCAAGAACCGCGCCGAGCUCGCGAGGGUGAGCGGCGUCGCGCGGACGGGGAAGCAGGCGAGGAAGCAGCUACGCAACGCGCGCCGCCGCGAGAGGAACGACAUGGACGACGCCGCGAAGGAAGCGGCGGCGGCGGAGGGUGGGAGCGGCGCGGACGGGGGAGGGGACGUGGUGAUGGCCGACUGA